GCCAAAAUUAAUGUUUCAUUUGAAUUAUAUGUAGUUUUUGAUUGUGUUAUCAAUUCAUGAUAUCUUAUGUCAUAUAUUCAGUGAUAUAUUCAGUCAUAUAUUCAUUGCAUUGCAUUGUAAACACACACUCUGUGUGCAGACCAUCGAUGGCUUAACCGUAAUAAUCAUCGUAUGAUUUGACACUCAAUUUGUUGCCACCGUUUACUAUCACCACUUGAGAGCCAUGAAGAAGUCGUCGAUACUAUGGAUAAGCAGUGGUUUCCUGUUGCUGUUGGUGGGCGUCGUCUUCCUCACGACACUACCACUCGUUAUAAUGAAGAUAAUCGACUCGAAGCUGGUCUUAAGCCCCGACAACCCGUCGUGGCCUCUAUGGCGAGACCUACCCGUCCCUAUUGUGCAGAAGUUUUACUUAUAUAACGUGACGAAUGCCCGGGAAGUGCAGUCUUCGGGAGCGGUUCCGCAUCUCCAACAAAUCGGUCCAUUUGUCUACCGGUUGUACAUCAAGAAGAAUGACAUCAAUCUCACAGACAGUGGCCGUAGUGUCACAUUCAAUGAGCGCAUGACCUUUCACUUCGACCGGGAUCUGUCCGUCGAUGGCCUGUCGCUACAGAUAACAACAUUGAACGCACCGUUAGCUAUAGCCCUACAACUGAUAGACAACAUAAAAAGUCCAAUUUUCAAAGGAUUGGCCAAAUUUGCGCUCAACCAACUCAAUGAGGAC